CCAACUUCGACCUUCACCAACCAUCUUCAUCAGGGGACGCACGCUGAGUGUCCUACCUUAUUAUCCCCCGAGUGGGAAGUUGGGUUUCACCACUGGUUACGCGAAGGGAGGCACGUGCUGCGGUCUUUUAAAGCAGAUGGAACGCAGAUACACCUCUGGUUCACAACACACACCUUCUUACGUCGCCGACGCCUUGCAAGCAACACUAUCAACGUCGACUACGACACACCACGCAUACCUGAGGAGAUGGUACGACCAGCUAUGAAGGUGGAAGUCCACUCUGCAGUUGUCGAUUGGGAUGGCCCCGACGACCCAGCCAGACCAAUCAAUUGGCCGAGAAAGAAGAAGUGGCUGAAUAUCUUGAGUGUCUCGUUCUUGACUUUCUUGACUCCCUUGGCUUCAUCCAUCCUGGCGCCCGCCACGGGCUUAGUCCUCAAGGAGUUUCACUCCACCAACAGGACUCUUGGCUCCUUCUCAGUCUCCAUCUACCUGAUCGGCUUCGGCCUUGGCCCCCUUAUUCUUGCUCCGUUGUCGGAGAUGUAUGGUCGCCUGCGCGUUUACCAAAUCACCACGGCCAUCUUCGUUGUGUGGAACAUCGCCUGUGCUCUAGCCCCCAAUCUUGGUGCUCUCCUGGCCUUUCGGAUGCUCGCUGGCCUGUUCGGUAGCGCUCCUAUGACGUUGGGCGCGGGCACGAUCGGUGAUCUCUUUGUUCCCCAAGAAAGAGGAUUGGUCAUGGCCAUCUGGGGGGUAGGUCCGCUCAUGGGUCCGGUGCUAGGACCGAUCGCUUGUGGUUACCUCUCCGAAGCUGCAGGAUGGCGCUGGGUCCUUUGGCUGGUUGCCAUCGUGUCAGGUGUCGCGUUGGUCUUUACCCUCCUCCUCCAGUCGGAAACCUACGAGCCUGUGCUACUCCAGCGUCAAGUCAGCCGAUUGAAACAGGAAACUGGCAAUCCCAACCUCUACUCCGACAAGACUCGGAGAGUCAAUGCGAAGAACAACAUCGUUCAAUCCAUCGUCCGACCGCUGAAAAUGCUCUUCUUGUCCCCAAUAGUAGCGCUAUUCUCAAUCUAUAUUGGAAUCGUUUUCGGUUACCUCUACCUGCUUUUCACGACAAUCACCCACAUCUACGAAACCACAUAUCACUUCACCCAGGGUAACAACGGGUUGGUCUAUAUCGGGGUCGGGGUGGGUGCUGCCAUUGGGAUGGCAAUUUUCGGCGCAUUGUCCGACAAGACCCAGAUUCGACUCACGGUGAAGAACAACGGUCAAUCAGAGCCUGAGUUCCGACUGCCUCUGCUGAUCCCGGGUAGCACCUUGGUGCCUAUCGGUCUGUUCUGGUACGGCUGGUCGGUCGACAGGCAUGUGCACUGGAUCAUGCCCAUCAUCGGGUUGGGCUGGAUCGGGCUGGGUAUGAUCGGAACGUUUUUGCCCAUCCAGUCAUACAUGGUUGAUGCGUUUGGCCCCUACGCAGCGUCUGCCGUGGCUGCAAACACCCUGGUCCGAUCAUUCGUCGGAGCGUUCCUGCCACUUGCAGGUCCCUCCAUGUAUGCGACGUUGGGGCUGGGAUGGGGCAACUCGUUGCUCGGGUUCAUUGCCUUGCUCAUGUUACCGGUGCCGGUCAUUUUCUAUUACUACGGCAAGAAGAUUCGAACGAAGUUCGAGGUUACCUUCUAGGGUCACCUCAACGAUCGACGAAUUGUCUGCAAAUAGCGCGUUGUAGAUCGGUGGCCUUACGAUACAUAGCUCUGAUGGAGUACAGUGAGACAAACUGGUGAUGCCUGCUGGACGGGGCCAUGUUAAGAUAAAUGACUG